AUGAAGAAGAUGUACCCCGACGCUCGCCUUGCUGGCCUUCGCUCUCCUGGGUCUGGCAGCUACUGGGCCAGCGGCGCCAACUUUACAGCCAGCGAGCAUGCGUCCGCGAUGAUGCUUACGCCGUUUGCUAUCGAGGGCGAGGUGGAUGUCGUGUCCAGGCUGGCGCUGGUCACGGUGCUCCAGUGGCACGAGUCCCACACGGUCGAGGAUGUGUUCCCACGUGAGGGGGUCGGGUGGAACCUGAUAAAGGUUCACCUCCUCACGCACGUGCCAGACUCUGUCAGGAGAGGUGGACUCCCACAUGAGUUCUCCGCAGCCGUGUACGAGAACGCGCACAUCCGCACGUGCAAGCUGCCGUACAGGACCUCUAACCACCGCCAGCCACUGCAGGCCAUCGCCGCACACAACGUGCGCGCUUCGGCGAUGGGGCAGCUGGCCUCUGCUCUCCCAGCACGCAGGCGCAACCAGACCGCGCUGACCCGGCUGACGCUCGCGCGGAGGUCCCUCACUGCGCGGCCGGACCACGAGAGCAGCGCGGCAUCUGUCUUCGACGAUGUCAACACCGCCGUGGGAGGGCUCCUGUUCUACUACGACACCGUGAUGCGCAACGCCGGCCUGCGGCCGUUCCCCGCGUGGGCGCACACGGCGGUGGCGCUGCCGGCCUUCCCCACCGACUACGGGCACAUCCGGCCCCACUACGCCCGUGCCGCUGCAUCGAUGCACGGCCACACGGCCUUCUCCUGCGUGGAGUACCUGUCCUCUGCUGGCCGGACCGUGUACGGGCGGCUGAUCCUGCUGCUGGAUGCAGAGAGGCCGCUGGACGAUAGCAGCUACGAGCCUGCAGAGGUGGCUGUGCUGCAGCGGCUGAACCAACAGGGGCUCGAUGAGUGCACGGGCUGCCAGGUGCUUGAGCCGCCCUCUCUGUUUCGCGGGCUGGCUGUCAUCCCCAUCGACCGGCUCAAGCGUGCUGUCCACUGCGUCCCAUCAUUCGAGCAGAAGGACACAUGGUACCUGAACAAGUGGGCAUAUCUGGUGAACCAGGAAAUCCCCUAG